UGAAAAAAUGGUCGAAGGAGGUGCUCGUCUUUCCCUCCAAGGCCGAUCCCCAAAUCGCCCUAGGCUUCCGACAACGAGGAAGUCACGACGGGAGCACGCUAAUCCACGGGAGCAGCGGUGACAAAAAAUACAAUGCAGAGCAAUUAAGGCAAAACGGAGACUGCGUAGGAUAAGUCCUUGCGUAUAUCCUGGACAGCCACUAAGCAGUCAAUGGCAGCGGAGGAAGGAAAGCCGCUCAGCCUUAACGAACGAUUGGCUCUAUCCCUCACACGCAGUCGAACUACUUCCGAUCGAACUACCGAGAUUGGGGUUCGCAAGGUGAAGCUGGACGGCCGCCGCCGCCUUUGUAAACUCUCGUCAAGGACCGACGGGAACGUUACAUCGGAGUCGUCACCGGGAAAGAAGUCCGAUGGCGGGGAAGGUGAAAACUUCCGGGACAUCCUCGAUGAUCUCAGCUCACGCUUGGAGACUCUCUCCGUUGAUAAGCUUAACAACAAUUUUAUGCCGGUCUCGCACGAAUCAGAAGUGGAAUUCAAAAGCGCAGCCUCUUCGCUUUCUUCGUCCUCGUAUGAGGAAAAGUGGAGCGAGGGGAUUGAGAAAAUUAAAGGGAAAACAGUGAGACCUUUGGUUCUGGAGCAAGACGAGGUCAUAUAUAAUAAGAAUGUUAAAGGAAAAGUUGUGGAGCGAUUGGUUCUGGAUGAUGACAGCGAUGGGGAGGAUUGCGUUGUUUUGGGAAGUGGCGAUGAGCCAAAAUGGGGACAUAUUGGUGAUGCUGUGGAAGAGAUCAAUGUUGAUUGCAGGGAUCCUAUCAGGAUGAUUGGUACUGGUAAGUGCAGGGGUUUGAGGUACACGCUUCCUGGUAAGAUUGUGAAGAUGCUCUUUCCACACCAGAGGGAGGGUUUGAAGUGGCUCUGGUCUCUCCAUUGUGGCGGGACUGGAGGAAUUUUGGGUGAUGACAUGGGUCUUGGAAAGACCAUGCAGAUUUCUGCUUUUCUGGCUGGACUUUUUCACUCUAGUUUGAUCAAUCGAGUUUUAGUUGUUGCACCAAAGACGCUUCUUAGUCACUGGAUGAAAGAAUUAUCAGUCGUUGGGUUGUCUUCCAGGAUAAGAGAGUACUCUGGAACUUCCCCAAAAGUGAGAGAAUAUGAGUUGAAAAGUGUGUUGAAGGAGGGAGGAAUUCUUCUCACUACAUAUGAUAUUGUCAGAAAUAAUUCUAAGUCCAUAAGAGGGGAUUGGUAUAUUGGUGAUGAUAGAAUCGAGGAUGAUAUAAUUUGGGACUACACUAUACUUGAUGAGGGACACAUUAUAAAAAAUCCCCAGACACAGCGGGCGAAAAGUUUAUUUGAGAUACAAAGUGGUCAUCGCAUUAUUGUUACUGGAACACCAAUACAGAAUAAUCUCAAGGAACUUUGGGCAUUAUUUCACUUUUGUUGUCCUGAAAUAUUGGGUGGCAAGGAUGAAUUUAAAAUAAAAUAUGAAAAUCCAAUCCUACGUGGAAAUGACAAGCACGCUUCUGAUCGAGAAAAGCAUAUUGGCUCUACAGUUGCAAAGGGAUUAAGAGAACGCAUAAAGCCAUAUUUCUUACGACGUUUGAAAAGUGAGGUAUUUCAUAAUGAUGAUGCUGUUAAGAAUGCAAUGGUUUCUAAGAAGAAUGAGAUAAUUGUUUGGUUAAAGUUGACAUCAGUUCAGAGGCAACUAUAUGAAGCUUUCUUAGAGAGCGAAAUGGUUCAUUCAUCUGUCAGUGGUUCACCAUUGGCUGCAAUAACUAUUUUAAAAAAAAUAUGUGAUCAUCCGCUACUGUUGACCAAAAGAGCUGCAGAAGGUGUACUUGAAGGAAUGAACACAAUGCUAAAUCGUGAAGAGCUUGUUUUGAUGGAAGAAAUGGCGUUGAAUUUGUUAAAUUCAGUAAAUCACAAUGUUUUUAAAAUGGACCAGCACAUAUCAUGCAAAUUAUCCUUUAUCAUGCCAUUAUUGGAAAACUUAGUUAAAGAGGGACACCACAUUUUAAUAUUUUCACAGACCCGUAAGAUGCUGAAUCUUCUGGAGGAGGCCAUUUUUUCCAAGGGAUACAACUUCUUACGAAUUGAUGGAACGACCAAAAUUUCUGAUAGAGAGAAGAUUGUUAAGGAUUUUCAAGAGGGCUGUGGGGCGCCUAUAUUUUUGUUAACUUCACAAGUCGGAGGACUCGGCUUAACUCUUACCAAAGCAGAUCGUGUCAUUGUGGUUGAUCCGGCAUGGAAUCCAAGCACUGACAACCAAAGUGUGGAUCGUGCUUAUCGAAUUGGGCAAGAAAGAGAUGUGCUUGUUUAUAGGUUGAUGACCUGUGGAACUGUUGAAGAGAAAAUAUAUAAAAUGCAGGUUUUCAAGGGUGGCCUUUUUAGGACAGCUACAGAGCAGAAGGAACAAACUCGAUACUUCAGCCAGAGGGACAUACGGGAGCUUUUUUGUUUGCCACCAAAGGGAUUUGACAUUUCUUUGACACAACAACAGCUGUAUGAGGAGCAUGACCAACAACAUACUAUGGGCGACGAACUGAAGGGCCAUAUUGAGUUCCUAAAGAGUUUGGGAAUUGCUGGCGUUAGUCAUCACAGUUUGCUGUUCUCUAAAACUUCAACCAUAUCAUUUACACAAGAGAAUAGCUACUCGGAUAGUCUCACCGGAAAUAGAAUUGUUCAGAGCUCACAAUCAAAGCCGUCCAUUGAAUCUACAGACCAUGCUGCUGAGUUUGCUUUCAACCCAAAAGAUAGCAGGUUAUUUUUGCAGCCAGUUAAUUCCUUACCUCAAGAAGAAUUACAAGAAAAAACUGAAGUGAUUGCGGAAAGAAUAAUUCGUCUUUCACAAACCCUUCAAAACAAGGCAUUGAUUUCAAACCUGCCAGAUCAAGGCGAGAAACUUCGGAAGCGCGUUUCAGAUUUGAAGAUGCAGCUCGAGAAAUCUAGAGAUUCUACUGCUAAUCAAGCUUUCGAGAGGAAGCAGCAUCAGGUUAUUGAUUCAGAUGAUCUGUCUAUUAAUUUGCAAAGGAUUGGCACUUUAACAAUUUCUCCAUAGUCAUAAAUAAUGUAUAACGUCUAUUAGUUAGUCUCCAGCUUAGACUGUUGUGUUUCAUUUGAUUGUUUUAGGUCAUUUUCUCCCUCCCUCCUUCCCUAACCCCGCCAACCAAUAGAC